GUCGUUGCGUUGAGCAAAGUUCUCAAGAAGCCUCGAUCGGGAUCUCCUACAGAGAAGACUGAAGCACACAUCGACCGCAGGUUUGCUUCUGCUGAAAAAACAUUCGAAACGAAAAGAUACCAAAACCAGAACAUGGGUAACUGCUUGAAGAAGACCAAGUUCCACCGCCUGGAAGACGAGCACUUGCCCGACACACGAGCACACUGGGCCGAGUAUAAUGCGACGCUGAAAGCUCGCGAAGAGCAAAAGGUCACACACAAGGCGCAGAUGGAAAAGCUGAAGGACAUGUCGCUACAUCCUGAAAAGUACAAGGAAGAGCGCCGAUAUCGCGAGAAGCAAAAAGAAGAAGCCGGCCGGUAAAACAAAAUCAAACGUUUUUGGGAGUCAGCUGCCUCCCUCCUGUCGAUUUCUUGCCGUUUCGUUUUUAUUGGACUUUGUGAUUUGUUGUUUUUGCAAUGAAGUGUGCAUGGCAUGAGUGUGCUCUUAUACACGAGCACUGCAUGCACCGUCGGUUUUUUUUUGGUUGUUGUUGUUUGGUUGUGAAUUUUCUUUGAUUGCGUGAAAAUAUUACUAGCUGCCUGGUU